GUAAACCUUCUGGUAUUGGUGGGCUAAUAAGUUGCUUUUGCGAACAGAGUUGAAAGAACAGACGGUGGCGCCACUGUGCGGUCAUUACACCGAGUUUCGGGAAAGAUGGGCGCAUCUCGCCGGGCAGUAGCUUAGACUCUACCUACAAGACAACACCACACUACCCGAUGUUUCCCAAUUAUUCGCAAGUUUGAAGGGUGAUAUAGUUUUGUCGCACGUUAUUUAAUAAGCAACCGUGUGUGCUGUGUGUGUGUGUAAAUGUGUGACGUGAUAUUAAACAAGUGAUAAAAAUAAGUAGCGAUUGAUUAUUUAAAAAAAAAAAAAAAACGCGAACGGGUAACAGUCUUGCAAGCCGGGCUUCAAACGAACGGCUGUAGAGUCGAAGAGUGAAAAAGUAUAAAGGGGAAAAUAAUAUUUUUUAUUAUUUAUUCUCAAGCAACCUGACGGGUUGCCGGUAAAUUUAUUUAUUGAGGGUAAAAUUUAUAUACUUUAUUACUUGUGUCGACGUGAGCGCAAGGUGGAGGAACACGAAGUAGAAACGAGCAAGAGAAUUGAUAAGUUGGCGGAGGAGGAACACGGAACGAUCAACGACACGGUGGCGAGCGCGGUGGAAAUUUAUUUAAGAGGAGUGGAGAGAGUAAAUUUAAAUUUAAAUUUAAAUAAUUAUUUAUUUAUAAUUUUAAAUAAAUAAGUAACUGACUGAGAUCAUCUCUGACACGCACGAAAAUAAAUAAGUAAAUAAUAGUAGGAAACAAAGUAACAAAUUUUAAAUUAUUUAUUGAUAAUAAAUAAAACGGAACAUUAUAUUUUUGUAAAUCAAGAAUCGGUGGAGAUUAUGCGCUAGUGAUUCUCAGUGUUACUGUGGUAAGAAAGCUCAUAAAAUCUUAGUGUCUAGUGAUUAAUUGAGUGAGUUAAAUAUUAUUAAGUGUAGAGGAAGAUAAAAGUUUCAAGAUUAUACCGAAAAUAAUUCGGAGAGACACACCCUCAGUCUUAGCUUCCUCUCUUUCCUUCCUUAUCGUCUGAUAUCAACAUUCUUCCUCUCAAUAUAAUAAUUACAGUAUAAUUAUUAUUAUUUACAGAUAAAUAAUAAUAAUAAUAAUAAAGCAACGUAUUAAAUAAAUUGAGAGGAAAAAGGAGAGCUUCCCGUAUCAAGAUUUUAAUUCAAAGUGUUCUCACCGGGGAAAUAGUGCGCGUGUGGUUUGUAUGUGAAGUGCACCCGUGUUUUACAUCCCCACUUCUUUUUCUAAAUAAUCGUCGCAACGUCGUCGCGAUCGUCACCGACGUAUCGUCGGCAAGUUUCUGCACCCUAAAGUGAACCAGCUGCGUUAUUAAAACCACAACCAAAAUGUCCGUGAGAAUGGAAAAUGUCGCGGCCCCGAGAAAACUUAACUACAAGAUGAUGGGUACAAACGGACCUCGGCCAACAUACGCAGGCGCUAACAACGGUAGCGCGGGUAGUGCUGGAGCCGGCGGUGUUGGUGUGGGCGUAGGACCAACUGCUGGAGGACACGGACUAAAAGGUGGUACGGGAGGUGCUCCCCGCGGUGGUAAUCCCGUGCAAUACCGGGCAAGUGCCGGUGCUUGGGGUGCUACACCGUCCCACGCGGCCGCUGCUGCCGCGUAUCCGCCGUACACGAGGUACCCAACCGCGGCCGCGCAGAUGCCGGUUGGAGCUCAGCAACUACCGCCAACCGCGAAUCCCUACGCUGCGACUGCUUACGCGCAACAUGCUUCGUAUGGAGGACAAAGAGUACCAACGGCAUCUUCGCCAGCUAACACGAGUAGUAGCUCUAGCAGUGCGACUGGCAGCCAAAGUGGUACGAUCAGUACAAACUUGAGUAAUAACGCAAUGCAAGGCCAACAGCCGGAGCAGCUGUCUAAAACAAAUUUGUAUAUCCGUGGCCUCAACCAAAACACAACUGACAAAGAUCUUGUUAAUAUGUGUUCUCAAUACGGAACAAUAACUUCUACAAAAGCGAUCCUGGACAAAAACACAAAUAAAUGUAAAGGUUAUGGCUUUGUAGACUUUGAAUCACCGGUGGCGGCUGAGGGUGCUGUGAAAGCACUGGUCGCCAAGGGCAUCCAAGCACAGAUGGCGAAAGUGGGUAUCUGGUUGCAUCGUAGACUGGCCAGUGUACGUUGGUUGUGCAUGCAACAACAGGAGCAGGAUCCUACUAAUCUUUAUAUUGCGAAUUUGCCACUAAACUUCAAAGAAAAUGAUGUCGAAGGCUUACUUGCACAACAUGGUCAAGUUAUAUCUACACGGAUAUUACGUGAUACACUUGGACAAAGUAAAGGCGUCGGUUUUGCUCGGAUGGAAUCAAAAGAAAAAUGUGAACAAAUAAUUCAAAUGUUUAAUGGCAAAGCUCUACAGGGUGCAAAAGAUCCACUUUUAGUUAAAUUUGCAGACGGUGGUAAUAAAAAGAAACCAUACAAAAGUUCAAUAUGGCGAGAAACUGGCGAUAAUAUCACAUUAAAUUAUGACACGAGUGGAGUAGGUCAGAACGGAGUACCAACAGCACACAUGCUUCCAGCAGCAACUCUUGCUCAGUACAGUCGUCAUUAUGGUCAAGCAGUGCCUGGUUAUACUGUCCCAGGAACACCGUGGGUUACUCCUUACGUCUUGCAAACCGGACCUCCACAUAUGCAACAGGUUGACAUGAUGCCUUCAGCCGAUCCCAGCAAUCCACAGUACAGCAUGAUUCCUCAAUUAACUACUCAAAUGUCGACACUUCAUCUCGGGACUGGUUCUUACAUCGCGGCAAGUCCGCAUCCGUAUCCUUACUCUUAUCCUCCCAGCAUUAUCCACACCAUGCCUUUGGGUGAAUCCGAACAAACGAGCAACGCAGCGUCACCAGAUGAAUCUUAUCAACAGUACCAAGCUCAGCAGCCCAAGUACGAAUAUUCCGAAGGUUACAUAAGUUAGGGCAGCGUAAGAACAGUGUAAAAAGAAAGUGGGAGAGUAAAUUUAAAAAAUAUUAAGGAAAAGGAAGAUUAUAUAGAGAGAGGAAUAACGAGGCGAUGUAAAGCAUUAAAUUUGUAAGCAUACAGGUUUAAUAAUUUAAAAAUUUUAUUAUUGAAAUUACGUAUGAAAAUAUUCAUCACUGAGUUUGAAAAAAAAAAAUUUAUUAAAUAAAUAAAAAUGAAUUGAUUUGAUUGACAUUUAGUAUAAUAAAAAAAAAGUUCUUUUUUUUUUGUUAUAUUAAAAAUUCUUCCUCAUGAUUUUAAAAAAUGACGUUUAAUAAAAUGGAGGAGCAGGGUGUGACUGUAGGACUGCAUAAAAAAAAUAAAUGGACAAAAAAGAUGAACAAAAAAAAAUAAUUAUUAAAAUUAAUUGACUUGCCAGCCAUCUUUUAUACAUUUUAUUCAAAAUAAAAUAAAAAAAAAAACGAGAUUUAAGAUAGGGUGAAAGUAGUUGAUAUUUUGCAACAAGUAGAUAAAUGAUAAUAAGAAGAAACAAAAAAAAAAAUAAAUAAAUGUUUGACGAUAUAAAUUAUAAUGGUGCGAUUGUGUCAUCAUUUGUAAUUACUAUUCGUGCAUAGUAACAGAAAAUAACUAACUAAAUAAAUAAAUAAAUUUUCAAAAAUUAAAACACUCGGAGGUUUUUAUCUCCAAUGGGCCAAUUGUAUUUUUUUUUAUUUAUAUAAAAUGAUUUAUAAAAAUCGGCCAUAGGGUGAUGAUAGGCUUCCAGGUUUAAUUAAUAUAUUUAAAAAGUUGACUAUGAAGUCAAAAAGAUCAUGCGAGAGGUGCCGAAGCUUAACUGCUUGAAAGUGUGAAUAAAUAUUUUAUUUAUAAAAAAAUAAAAGAAAUUUUUAAAGGUAAAAAUAAAAUAUAAAUUAACACGAGCUAGAAAAGAGUGAAAGUGAGAAUACGAGAGAGAGAACGCACGAGUGAAAGAACAAAAGAGAGACUGAACCUGACAAAGUGUGAAAGAAAGAAAUUUUUAAAAUAAAAAAAACAAAUUUUUUUAAUGAAAUAAAAAUUAAUUCUGUAAAACUUAUAAAAAAAAUUAAAAAAUUUUAAAAAAAUGUAAAAAGAAAAUGUAAAAAAAAAAUAACUGACGCUGCUCAGAAGUUAUUACAAAGAUGAACUCUUCCCAAGACAUUUUAUGUAGCGUAGGGGCAACGACCAACUCAUUUCUUGACGUUUUAUUGUCUGUUGAAUUGUCAUUGCCUCGAGUCGUUGUAUUAUGAUUAUUAAUAAUAGUCCAUUGAGGGGAGAAAGAAAGGGGUAGUUAGACACUUCCGAACGUUAAGUGGAUAAUGAUAAUAUACUUGACAUGUUUUCUACACUUUAUCAAAUCAUUGUAUAAAAAAAAAAAUAUUCACACGAUGCACGCAAUAACACAACUUUUUUUUCAUUUCAUGUUCAGACAUUCCAUGCUGAGCACGUCUUUUUUUUUUUAUUAAUUAAUUUUCAUUUUGCCUUAAAGUCAAUUUUUUUUUUUUACGGUUUAUUGAGAAAAAAAUUCAAAGGAAUGAGUAAGAGGAAGAGAAGUGAAACAAAAGUUUAUGAAUUUUUUAGUUGAAACAGAAAAAAAUUUUUACAAUUAAAAGUUAAUUUUUUUUUUUCAUGUACAGAUAACACAAUUUUUUUGUUUAGAAUCGUGCCUUUCCAGAACAAAAAUCCGCUUAGACAAAUGAGACAAGGGUGGGGGGAUUUUUAUUAUUAAAAUGAAAAAAAGCUGAGAGUAAAUAAAUAAAAAUAAAAAAAGUGAAGAAAAAAUUAAUAAAAGAAGAACCAUAUUAAAAUAAUAUAUUUUUAGUGUCGUUGAAAUCAUAAAAAAAAGAUAUUAAAUAAGAAAUAACUCGAGCAAAUUUUUCAAAUUUUCACUAGUUGCUACGAGGUUUAUUAUUUUUUAUUAUGACUUUUUUAUUGUCAUUUAUUACUAAUAUACAAAGAAAAAUAAAUAAAUAAGAAAAGAAAAAAAAACAUUUAUUUCUUCAUGUUAAACUAAAAAAAAGACGUAGAUUUUGUACGUAUAGACUUUUUGUCACACGAUCGUUGGAAAGGAAUAUAAAUAAACGCGUUAAAAAAAAUAAAUAUUGUAGAGUGAUUAGAGGCGAUGCAAGAGCGUGAAUAAAUAAAUGAACAAAAUGAAUCAUAAUAAAAAAGGAAUAGUCUGGAAAGAAAUAAAAUAGAUGAUAAAAGUUUUUUUUAUUGUGCGAGUGUGUGUGCGUGUGAUUAUUUGAGGCGCUUUGUAGAGAGUUAAUUUAUUUAUUACGAUUUUACUUGAGUUUGCGUAAUUGAAAAAAAAAAUAAUUAUUUUCUAAUACACUUGAAAUUUUGAACCUGUCCUUCUUCCUCUAACUUCUUCGUUCUUUAUCUCUAGUUUUCAACUAUCGAGUUGUAUCUAAUGAAGUCAAAAAUUGGAAGACAUGUGGAAAGAAAACCUUGUAAAUUAGUGUGAUAUAAAGUUUUCUUAAUAAUUGUCGAAGGAAACAUAUUGAUGGUAAAGAUUUUAAAUAAAUAAAUACACUGAAAAAAAUUUACGGAGUGAACGCGGGUUAAAUCCGGAGUAAAUGCGGAGCGGAUGACUGCGUAUUUAUUUAAUUCCCUUGGAGUAAAAUUCACUCCGAAGAAGAGUUUAUUUUACUAUUGACACUCUAGUUACAAGUAAAAUUCACUUUGAAAGGGAGUUUAUUUUAAUAUUUAAACUCCGUUUCGCAGUGAAAUUCUCUUCGAAGGGGAAUUUAUUUUGAUUUUAAACUCCAGUACGUAGUAAAAUUCACUUAGAAGGGGAGUUUAUUUCAAUAUUGAUACUCCGGUUCAAAGUAGAAUUCACUCCAAAGAAGAGUUUAUUUCAAUAUUGAAACUCUGGUUCCAAGAAAAAUUUAUUCCGAAGGGAAGUCAAUUUUACUAUUGAAACUCCGGUUCACAGUAAAAUUCACUUCAAAGAGAAAUUAGUUUUGAUAUUCAAAUUCCGGCUCGGAGUAAAAUUCACUACGAAAGGGAGUUUAUUUUAGUAUUGAAACUCCGGUUCCAAGAAAAAUUUACUCCAAAAGGGAGUCGAUUUUACUAUUGAAACUCCGGUUCAGAGUAAAAUUCACUGCGAAGGGGAGUAAAUUUAAAUAUUGAAACUCCGGUUCGGGAUGAAAUUCACUGCGAAAUGGAGUUUAUUUUAAUAUUGAAACUCCGUUUCCAAGUUAAAUUCACUUCAAAGAGAAUUUAGUUUUGAUAUUCAAACUCCGACUGGGAGUAAAAUUCACUACGAAAGAAAGUUUAUUUUACUAUUGAAACUCUGGUUCCAAGAAAAAUUUACUCCAAAGGGGAGUCAAUUUUACUAUUGAAACUCCGGUUCAGUAGAAAAUUCACUCCGAAGGGAAAUUUACUUAAAUCUUUAAGUUCCGGUGCAGAAUUCAAUAAACUCCUUUUCGGAGUUUAUUUUAUUAUCGAAAGUCCGAAUCGGAGUGAAUGCGGAUUUUAAUAAAAUCCAGAUCAUUCCGCUAAAGAAACAAACUCCGUGUUUUCUCCGCAUGCGGAGUGAUUUUUUCUAAAACUCCAGACCUCCAAGUGAAUUCGAAUUGCAUUAAAAUCCGAAUUUACUCCCGAUUUUCUACAGUGCAAAAAUGAAAAAAAAAUGCAAAGCUUUCUACCAAAUAUAAGACGAAUUUUCGAUGCUCGGUGACUCGACCAGUGUGAUCAUGUAUACACGCAGCACACACACUUUUCCCUUGCACACAAGAGCGAACUCAUAGAUAGGUAGAUUCUUAAAAAUACUAACUUCGAUAAUUAAAUAAACCAAUAAAAAAAACUAAAGUAAAUGACAGAAAAUUUUAGCUGUCAAAAUUAAAAUCCCAAAAAAAAUCGUAAAUUAAUAAUUAACGAUUUGUUCAAUGAAAAGCGUCAUCUAAAUGUAUGAAAGAUUUUUACACUGUUAAAACUUGAAGUAAAUAAUAUAUUUAGUUUAUUUUGGUACAUCACAAUUUGAUUGACGUAAGAAUGAAUACUGUCUGUGUUAAUUUACUGAUGAUUGAUCAUUUUUUUUGAGAGUUUGUGUGCAUGCGUAGAAAGCUCGACUGAAAAUUAUGUGCGAUAAUAUAAAAAAAAGUGGAAAAAAAAAAAAAAAAAAAAAAAAAAAUAUGAAAAUUAAAAAAAAGUCAAACUAUUUUUUAAGAUACUAAUUAUUAUACUCGAUUCGAGUUUGUGCUAAAAGAAGAUAAGAGAAACGAAAGAGGAGUCAAUGAUUUAUGAAUAAAACAGUAGGAAUUUAAAAAAAGAAAUAAUUUUUUGAGGGAUAACAUGAAAGAAUUAAUUGAUAAGCAUAAAUAAUAGUAAUUAUUAUUAAAUGAUGAUAAUUAUAAAUCAACUUUAUACUUCGUACAUCAGUUCUCAGACUGAAAAAUCGAGAACUACAUCAGGUAGCUCUAGAAAAAAAAAUGAUAAUGAUAAGGGCAAAGAUACCAUGUGAUGAGUAGUAAAUUUUUUCAAUAAUUUUACUGAGGAACUUUGAUAUAAAUAAAUAAACGCGACUAGACCAAACACGUCGGAGAAUAAGAAAGACUUCGGCUGGCUUAAAAAACUAACGAUGAACAAAAUGAGGAAGAAAUAAAGUGAUAAUGGGGGUGGAGUGAAGAGAUGAUUUUAUUGUAUAGGAGAAAAAUUGUCACGAAAAAUAUUGAUCGUAGAGACGUUUAUCUACGGAUUUAGAAUAGACAUUAAAUAUUAAAAAAAAAAACCAACUGUGGGUUUUAUAGAAAUAAAAUUUAAAAAAAUGCCUAGUGAUUAAGAUAAAUUUUAAGUAGAUAGUAAUUAGAUGAUAGUUAGGAUAUAAAUGCCUCCUCUUUAUUCCUUCUUACUGUAGAUUAUAAAUGAUAAUUCUCAGAUGUCUCUCCCUCACGAUAUUUUGCUGGAAACUUAUUAGAGACGAGAGUUUUAAAUAAAAUUAAAUAUUAAUUAUAUGAAUGUGACAUUAACACAGAGACAGAUAAUUUAAGUUUAUAAAAUAAGUUGACAAUGAAUUUUAAAAACACGACCGUUUAGUCUACGCACUUUGUACCCGUUAAGACUGACUGGCUACAUAUAUAUAUAUUUAUAUAUAUAUGAAUGAUUAAUAUAUAUUAAUUAUUCUACAUCAUUAAUUCAAACUGUAAUAUAAUAAUUGCGAGUAAAGAAUUGUUAAAAAAAAUAAAACAAAAAUCUAUAAUUUAGCAAGAAUAUUUUUGCUUGCUGCUUAACUGCGGGUCAAGUGCUUGGGCAAUUCGGGUACUGUAUGUAUGAGUGUUUAUAUUUAAAUAAUGAAAUAAAAUAACGAAGAAGAAGAAGAAAGAGAAGAAGAAGAAGUAGAUAAAAUGUCUCGAUGCCGAACUCACGCUUCAGCUUUUUUUUAGCGGAAUAAAAAAGCUUAAGAAUGUUUAUUGUAAUGAGAGUGAAUGUUAAUUAUGAAUUAAAACAUAUGUACACAUACACAAAACACAAUUGUAAACAUUGACACUGAACAAAUUACACAAUUAUAGAUUAUAGAUUUAAAUAUAAAACCCAUUUUGUAGUUCUUAGAGUCCGUUGUGACGUAGUCCUUAGGCUAAGACAUAAGUUAAUGAUAAAUUUAAUAAGGAAUUAAGUUAAUUAAGAUGUCUAAGUUAAGUGGGUGUGAGUGAUUUAUGUGCGUGUGAUAUUUGUGUUGGAAAAAAGAGGGAGAGAAGGAGGCCAAUUUAAAUUACGGCUUAAGAUUUAUUAUAGAUCAGUUUAAAUGAUUGGGAGAAUAUUAAGAUUCUCUAUGUAGGAUUUAAGUUUCUGUUUUAUAAUUUUUUUUUUCUUAUUGAUUAUUAAUUUUUUAUUUUAUUUGUUGGAGGGAAAACGAGGAAUGGCUCUAUAAGAGACUCUUUGUACAGUCCUUUUGCGUAAUUAAUUGUUUACAUUAUUUUUAAAAAAUGUGUGUAAGUGUGAAAGAUUAAUAGAGAGAGUUAAUUAUAUUAUUAUUUCAACUAAAGUGUGAUGAAAUAAGAAUGUGUGUGAAUGUUUUUAAAAAAUAUAGAAUUGUAGUAAUGCAAAAAGAAAAAAAAAAAAAAAAAAAAAAAAAAGAGAAGGAAAAUGAAAAAUAAGGAGCGUUUUAUUUUGUGAAUUUUAUACGAUAAUUACGUUCCCAUUUUCUUUUCUUAUUUAAUAUUUUUAGUUUUAAGUAAAACAAAUUUUUCCCAUACUGCGUUCUUGCAUUUUUUUCUGUAAUUUUUUUUUUUUAUUUAAAUUUAAAGAAAUAAAAUUUGUUUUUUUUAGUUUUGUCUGAGGAAAAAAAUUUUAUUAAGGGGGAAAGUUGGUCUGAGACAAAAAAAAGAGGAUGUUUUUGUGACUUUUUUUCAGAGUACCUUCGUUAUUAAAAUUUGUGACAUCAUUAAGCAUCAUUCCAAGAAUGUUCUCCUAAAUUUUCAUAAAAAAAUAUUAAAAAAUGAGCCAGUGGUAGUGGGUAGAGACGAGUCACAAAAAAAAAUCUCCAUGCCGUAGGCAGGAUAACUCAUGACUGCCUCAUCUGAAAUCAAAAAACCAAAAAGAUUUCUUUAGUACAUAAGUUUAUCUUGGCUUUGAACGAAAGAAUAAACAAAAUAUUCAUUUUUGAAUUUUUGGUAAAGGUGCAAUCAAAAAACUCUGAUUUUUACCAAAAAUUGCUCCUUUUGUUUAAUUAAAAAAUAAGUAGUUAUUGAAAAAAAAAAAUCCUUCGUUCAAAUCUAAGAUAAACUUAUGUACUAAAGAAAUCUUUUUGGUUUUUUGAUUUCAGAUGAGACACUCAUGAGUUAUCCUGCCUACGGCAUGAAGAUUUUUUUUUAAGUGACUCGUCUCUCCCCACUACCACCGGCUUAUUUUUCAAUAUUUUUUUAUGAAAAUUUAGCAGAACUUUAUUGGAAUGUUGCUUAAUACUGUCACAAAUUUUUAAAAUUUUAAUAACGAAGGUACUCUGAAAAAAAAAAUUUCAAAAAUAUCCUCUUUUUUUUAAUGAUUUUGAAGUUAGAAGACAAUUCUCAAUUUUUGGAUUAUUUUUUUCAACAAUUAAAUUUAAAAAAAAAGAAAAGUAAAAAUAUACACAUGUAGAAAAUUUAAAAAACUAUAGGUGCAAUUUUUUGAAAUAUUUUUUUUUUUAUAAUUUAUCGUUUAAAAAAAAAUCCAAAAAUUAUUAGACGUCGGCUAACUUCAGUAUCAUUUUUUUAUGAUCCAGAAGUUUACAGACAAUCGGAAAUUUUCGGAUUUUUUUUUACUUGAUAAUUACAAAAAAAAAACAAAAACUAAAAAUAUGCACAUGUAGAAAAUUUAAAAAACUGUAGGUGCAAUUUUUUGAAAUAUUUUUUUUUUUAAUAAUUUAUUGUUUAAAAAAAAUCCAAAAAUUAUCAGAUGUCGGCCAACUUCCUUUUCAUCUUUUUUUUGUAUCUCAGACCCCCUUUCCCCCUUAAAUAUUAAGUAAAAAAAAAAAUUAUUGAAAUGAUGAAUGUCUGAAUGGAGUGAAAGAAAGUAGAUAAAUUAAGACAAGUGUGUCAUAGUUAAUAAUUAGAAAAUCUUUAGAGGUCGAUAGGUGCUGUAAUUGAUGACGAAAAAACUGAUGAAGAAAAAAAAAACAAAAAAAAAUAAAAAUGUAAUUUAUAAAAAUUUUAUGAUGAAAAAAGUGUUUUAUGCAAUUAUCGUAAUUAGAGUCUUCAUAAGAAAGAAAAGGGUAUGAGCCACUAAAAAAGUGCCCUUAUUUUAUUUUGGGUCAUUAGAAAAAAAGCUAGUCUUUGUGUGAGAUAAUUUUUUUUUGACGUUGAUAAGAGUGUGAGAGAGUAAAAAAAACGAGAGCGAUAUCAUAAGGAUUUUUUUUUUUGAUAGAUAGUUUUCAUCAUUUUUUUAAAAGUAAGAGUAAUUAAAAUAAUGCCAAGAGAAAAAAAAAUUAAAC